AUAAUAACAAAAACAAUAAUAAUUAUAAUAAUAAUAAUUUGUAUAUUACUUACGAUUCACUCACUAGUCAAUAGAUUCAACACUCUUCUCUCUCUUUCACAUUCAUUCCCUUUACUCACACAUGAAUGGUUAAUACUUCCUUCUCAUUAUUACAACCAUGCCAUCCCGUCCGCCGCCACCACUUCCAACCGCGGCGGCCACCCUUACUCCCCACCACCACCGCCAAAUGAUAAUCGGCGGAGGCAUCGCAGCAGCACUCUUCCUCUCCGCCGUAAUAAUCUCCAUACUCAUUUUUCUCUACCGGAAACUAUCCCACAACCGAACCGCACCGUUUGAACAAAGCCACAAAAGAUUCUCAUACACAGUACUGCGCCGUGCAACAAAUUCAUUCUCGGCUUCGACUCGGCUCGGACACGGCGGCUUCGGCUCAGUCCACAAAGCCACGCUACCAUCAGGUGAAACAGUUGCUUUAAAAGUAAUGGAUUCACCCGGUUCGAUUCAAGGUGAGAGAGAGUUUCAUAACGAACUCUCUUUAUGUUCAAAUCUUCGUUCUCCUUUCAUUCUUUCACUUCUCGGUUAUUCGUCGGACCGGUCCGGUCGAAAGCUUGUUUUAGUUUACGAACUCAUGUCGAACCGGAGUCUACAAGACGCACUAUUAGACCGGAGGUGCAGUGAAUUGAUGUGUUGGUCGAACCGGUUCGAUGUUGCGGUUUCGGUUGCUAAAGGAUUAGAGUAUCUUCAUCAUAACUGUCACCCUCCCGUGAUUCACGGGGAUAUAAAACCUAGUAAUGUUCUUUUGGAUCGUGAAUUUAGGGCUAAGAUUGGGGAUUUUGGACUUGCUAGGGUUAAGAGUUUGGAAGAUUCUGGAAUGGGGGUAAUGGUGGAGGAGAUUCAAGUUCAAGAGAAGAAAAAGAGAGAGGUUGUUGAUGUUGUUGUUGUUGAAGAUUGUUGUAGUUCUGUUUCUGUUGUUGAGGAAUUGGAGAGUGUGGUUACUAAUACUACUGUUGGAUUAGGGGAUCGGUCACCGAGGUCGCCGGAGAGUUGUAAUGUGAGGGUUUUGGAUUCCGAUGCUUCGCCGGAGGUGGCAGUUGUUUCGCCGCCGGAGAUGAUUGGGGUUGAGAAAUUGAGUGUUGUGUCUGAUGGGUGUUUUGAUAAGUUUAGUAUUGAUAGUGGAAAUCAGAGGAAGAAGGGCGGUGGUGGUUCUGGGAGGGAUUGGUGGUGGAAACAAGAGAAUAAUGGGGGAGGUUCGGAGUCAGGGAGAGUGAAGGAUUAUGUGAUGGAGUGGAUUGGGAGUGAGAUAAAGAAGGAGAGACCUAAGAGUAGUGAGUGGGUUGGUUCCGGAUCUUCAAUUUGUUCAGGUGGUGGUGACGUGGCAGCGGUUUUGUCUAAGGUGGAGGGUAAGAAGAAGCAGAGGAAGAAGAUGGAAUGGUGGGCUUCACUUGAUGAGGAGAAAGUUAAAGGGAAGAAGAAUAGGAAACCAAGGGAAUGGUGGAAAGAGGAGUUUUGUGAGGAGCUUUCAAAGAAGAGUAGGAAGAAAAAGAGAAGCCUUGAUUGUCGUGGCGGUAAUGGCGGGGAAUCGUGGUGGCAAAAAGACGAGGAUGUAAGCGGUUCGGCAGUGGAGAAGAAGAAAAAGAGAAAAAGUAAGAGUAGUAGAGGGAGUAUUGAUUGGUGGUUAGAUGGUUUAAGUGGUGAACUUAGGAAUAAUGGAAGGAGAAAUAGUCAAGAUUGGGGUAAUAAUGGUGAUAUACCAAAGAGUGGUGGAAUUAGUAGCACACCAAGUAUGAGAGGAACAGUUUGUUACAUUGCUCCUGAAUAUGGUGGUGGUGGACAAUUAUCUGAGAAAUGUGAUGUGUAUAGUUUUGGCGUUCUACUUUUGGUUUUGGUUGCUGGUAGAAGACCACUUCAAGUAACAGCAUCACCAAUUUCAGAAUUUGAGAGAGCAAAUCUAAUUUCAUGGGCUAGACAAUUAGCUCAUAAUGGGAAACUUUUGGAACUUGUUGACACUUCAAUUCAUUCUUUGGAUAAAGAACAGGCAUUGCUCUGUAUCACCAUUGCAUUGUUGUGUCUUCAAAGAUCUCCUGGUAAAAGGCCUUCCAUGAAAGAGAUUGUUGAAAUGCUUUCUGGUGAGGCUGAACCACCCCAUUUGCCCUUUGAAUUCUCACCUUCACCACCCUCUAAUUUCCUUUUCAAAUCUAGGAAAAAAGCUAGGUAGGUGAGUUUUGCUUACUGAGUAAGUAAGUUAUUAGAGUCUUAUUAUUGUUAUCAUUAUCAUUAACUUUUAUGUGUUUAUUUGUUUUAGGACAACUCUAAUUUUAUUCACCAUUUGUAGAAACUAAUGAUGAGAAAAAUGUGAGAAAAAAAAAUAGUGACUAAUCAGUGUUACAAGCCUUGCAUAAAUCCAUUUCUUACCUUUCUGUACUUUUUUAUAUAUGACUAUUCAUUCUGACCUAUUUCUUGUGCUUUUUAA